CAUUGUUCUGUGUGGACAGCUCUGCCUACAGGAUUUUCCCCUUAUUUUUUUUUAAUUGCCAUAUUUUUUAGAUAGUUAUAUAUUUUAUAUGAAUAGUUUUUUCUAUUCUAGUUUUUUAUAUGAAUAGUGAAUUUUUGUAUUUCUCGGUUAUAUACAGCAAAACUACAAUGCUGACUUUACCUUUUGAAGAGCCAGUGAUGAUGGACACUCAGUUCGUGGCAAACUUUCCUCGGGACUGCGUGGGCGAAGCGAAAGUCAUCAAACACGACGCGUUCAAAAAAGAAGAGCCGCUCUCGCACACGGACCUUAAGCUGGUGGACGACGACGAGUCGGAGAAGGACGAGGACGAGCGGGACGAGGGCCCAGACGAGCACGACGCGCCACGACGACGAGGGCCACGCAAAAAGAAGCUGACCAAGCAGCGGGUCGACCGCGUGAAGAUGCGGCGCCUGGAGGCCAACGCGCGAGAGAGGAACCGCAUGCACGGCCUCAACAACGCGCUGGACAGCUUGCGCAAAGUGGUGCCGUGCUACUCAAAAACGCAGAAACUGUCCAAGAUCGAGACGCUGCGUCUAGCCAAGAACUACAUCUGGGCCCUUUCGGAAAUCCUCAGCACUGGUAAGAGGCCUGACCUCUUGAGCUUCGUACAGACGUUGUGCAAGGGCCUUUCCCAACCCACUACCAACCUAGUGGCAGGAUGCUUGCAGCUCAAUGCUCGCAGCUUCAUCUCCGAUCACGGUGCCGAGGCGUCCUUCUCAGCCAGAUCGCCAUACGACGCCGUGUAUCCGGCCUACCACGACGACCUGGCAGCUACCGGGCACAACGGAAGUGGCGGCAGCAGCGGGGCGGACGGUGUCAAACCCUUCAGGCCGUACGGCUACUGUGGUGCAUACGAGUCAUUCUACGAGUCGCCAUCUCCUGAAUGUGCGAGUCCGCAGUUUGACGGACCGCUUAGCCCGCCGCUGAACUUCAACGGGAUAUUCUCGCUCAAACACGAGGAGCCGGGUGACUUUGGGAAGAGCUGCCAUUACGGCAUGCGCUACUGCUCUGUACCGGGCCGUUCCUCCAUUAGCCAGAGCGCGGUGGCGCGCGCCUCCUCCGACCUGCACUUCCCUUACGACCUCCACCUGCGCGGCCAGUUCUACCCUGCACAAGAUGAACUAAACGCCACUUUUAAUAAUUAGACUGGGAAAAGCAAACAACUUCUCCCUUGCCUUUCCCUUCUUUGCCGUUUUCGGGGUAAUUAUUGAAAACAACGAACUUAAGCCCACAACAUGUAUUAUUUACAUCGCGCUCCAUUAGGAGCUUUAUGGUUGUAGGCCAACUGAUGUUUUAUGUAUUCGACUUAACUGGAUGGAGUGACUUGCUUAGGGCGUGGAAUGUCCUCGAAAAACAGAACCAGAAAUGAUGCCAUUGUUUAGUUUAAUUAAAUAUCAUAAUAAAAAACAACAACAACAAGAAACAGAAAAUAUCAUGAUGCUGAUAAAAAUCAGACACGUUAGAUAUAAUCUAUAAAACGAGUCUGUAUGUAGGCCUACUAUGUUUGUUUGUUUGUUUGUUAUUUCACUUGAGUAUCCUGCAAUAAUUCUCCACUUUUCAUUACUUCAUGAAAAUUUACAGCAGUAAGUUUAAAAAACGCCCCAUGCAGCCAAAACAUCAAAUAAAAAAGCAAGGCUCUUAAUUUUGCAAGUUUGGAAUUAAAAAACAAAAACAAAAAACAGAGCAAUAAAUGAAAAGGCAUCUAUGCAACAUACGGGCUUGUGACAAGACAAAACCAAUGAUAACGUCUCCAGGCCCUGCAUUUGUCCAGUUAAAUAGCCUGAUGUCAAAGCAUCCAGAUCAUCGGUACGUCUUUUAUUUCUAUCAGUUGACAAGUGGGAUACUGCUGACAAUUUCGUUUAUGUAUGUACCUCCAUUUAUUUACAUUCCAGAGUUUAUUUUAUUGAUCUUAAUUUUACAAGGAAAAAAGAUGCCAUUUUCAGUGUUUGUUAUUCGUUCCCUGUUUAACAUGUGAAAUGUGUGAGCGCUUGAAUGUCUGGAUUGAUUAGUUGGCUUAUAGCCUAUUGCAUAUCUUCAGUAAAGAACUUCUAUAAAAUAUAUACAAAUAUAAAUAUAUAUAUACAGUAUAUCCCUUAAAAGUAACAAGUUGACAAAGCUUAUAAGGUCUUAAUUGUGGUCUUAAUUAUGUUUAACUUAUUUUGUUUUUUUGUGUUUGUCCUUGAAAAUUCUGGACGUGGACAAUCUAAUUUAUUAUAGGUGUUGUAGCUCUAACAAGUUCACACCUGUGUAGAAUUUUCUACAGGCCUGUCUACAUAGUGCGCACAAAAAGUAACAAGCGUUGUGUUAAUAAAUUAAUGACAUCAAAUUAAUGAUCAUUGGAAACUUUAAAGCUUCAAAAUGUAAGUUAUUUAUGCAACAGCUUGUUCGAUAUUUCUUCUGUUUGUAUCUUUUUUAUAAUGUACAGUCAGUUUAGAUGGAGAUCAGAUGGAGAUGUUGCGCACAGGCUCGAAACAAUCACAUUACAAAUCUAUUCAAACUUAUUCGCAGUUUUUGUUUAUUGAAGCAUGUAAAAUGUUUUGUUUGAAAGGUUUGUGUCAUGUAUAGCGAACUCAAGUCAUGGGAAUUCCUUGCCUUAAUGAUUAUAGUUGCCCAUCAGUUAUGCAAUGUAAUGGAUGUUUUCAGUGGUGAAAUCUUGUACAUCUUUCUCACAACACUACGCCGAGAGGUUUUGU